GUGAUACUUUUAGCUUUCGCGGGCAGAUCGGGCUAAUCACUUCGUUUGGUGCACGGAUCGGUGUUGCUGUUUAGUGUUUAAAAGUGUUAAUGAGUGUCCAGCGACCAAGUAUCGGUAAUAUUAUUUCAUUUAGUUUCUACAAUGUCUCUAAGUGCUGUUCACGGGACACUGUCAAGUCUGAAAUCGUGUCAAAAUGACAUAAACACGGGGAUGGAUAUUGUGACGGAUGUGGCGAUGGACUUGGCUGAAACUCAGGAUAAUGUAAACGGGAACAAUAGCCUUAAGGAGCUGCAGGACGUGACGCUUGAGUGUGCCAAACUGGACAGAGACAUAAACCACUUUGUAAACGUGGUGCAACAAGUUACGUCUGAUGUGACGUCCCAGCAGCCAGAGGCCAUGUUUUCCCUCUCUGAAACUGUGAAGAGGCAAUUUGAGUUGAAUUUGUCCCAACUUUCAGAUGCUGAACUGCAUCAUCAUCCGAAGGUUCUUGCCUUCAAAGAGGGCAUAAGAAACUGUCAAGACCAAGCUGGACAAGAGACCGCGGGAAACCUACAGGAGCUUGAUGAGGACAUUGCUGUAACCCAAAGUCAAAUGAACUUCACCUGUCCCCUCACAACGGUUGAGAUGGUCAAUCCUGUUAAGAAUAAGAAGUGUAAUCACCACUAUGAUGAAGAGGCCAUUGUCAACCUGAUCAGAAACAGACAUUCCCAAAGAAAAAAAUGCCGGUGUCCUGUGGUGGGCUGUGCUAACUCAGAUGUGAAAGAGUCAGACCUGGUUCCAGACCAAGUGCUCAGAAGAAGAAUCCAGAACCAGAAGAGAAACAGCAACAAGAUAUAGUUCCCACUGGCACCACAAUUCAUUUUUGAUAAUUAUUUAAUAGUAACCUGAUUCAGGGUGUACAGUUGUUAGUUUUAACAUUUUAACAUUUUGUUAUUGUUAUAUUACAUUUAUGGAAAUGUUGAAUAUAAUUUAAAGGCAUUCAUAAAUUCAUAACACUGCAGUGUGUUAAAACAACCACAAGAGGGAGGCCUUACCAUGGUGGCAGCACUUAACCUGGGCCCAACGACCCAAACAUGUUCUGAUGUAGACAUUUUUCUGUUAAUUAAAUAAGGCUAUUGCAGUACUCAA